AUGAUACUUCUAAUUAUAUUCACGCUUCUCCUUGUAUGGCUGUUUGGUCGACAAUUCCAAAAGGCUUCAAGACUCCCGCCGGGACCUUUUGCUCUUCCCCUCAUCGGAAAUGUUCCCCAAAUUUUGUACUACGCCUGGAAGACUGGCGGCAUCGUUCCAAUGCUAUCCCAAUUUAGAAAGAAGUAUGGCAAUGUGUUCACCGUGUGGCUCGGCCCGCUGCCCACCGUCAGCAUCGCCGACUUCGACGUUGCCCAUGAGGUCAUGGUCAAAAAUGGCGGCAAGUAUGUUGAUAAAUUGCUUCCACCAAUUGCGAAGGAUAUAAAUAAAGGUGAUGGAAUCGCUUUCACGAAUGGCGAAGCAUGGAGCGAGCAGCGACGAUUCGCUCUUCAGGUGUUCCGAAACUUGGGAAUGGGCAAAAAUGAGUUUGAGAGUUGGGUUCUCGAUGAACUGGAUUUUAGAUUUUCGGCGUUGGAAGAGAAAUCCGAAAAUCGGGUGCUUGUCAUGAACAACUCCGAGUUGUUCGAUGUGACCGUCGGCAGCAUUAUCAACCGAAUGUUGUUCAGCUGGCGAUUUGCCAAGGAUCCUCAUGAUUUCUACGAGCUCAAGGAGAAACUCGACCAUUUUUUGAACACCAGCAGCCCGCUUGAUAUGAUUAUUCCGACAUGGCUGCUAAAAGUGCUGUUCAAGAAGCACUAUGAGUUUUCGAUUCAAGUCACCGAAGACGUCACCGAAUUUGUCGCGAAGGAGGCAAUUGAAAGGUUGAGGAAUGCGCGAAGCGGCAUUCUGGAAUUGACAAAGAACAACGCCAAGGAUUUCACCGACAACUACAUUCUUGAAAUUCUCGAGAAUGAGAAGAAUGGAGGCAAGGGGACGUUCACCGAAGAAAACUUGAAGCAGAUGCUUCUUGACCUUUGGCAAACUGGCCAGGAAACCACCACGUUGACAUUGAAUUCGGGAUUCGUCAAUCUCAUGAAGCAUCCAGAGGUUGUCGACAGACUGCGGAAGGAGCUGAUGGAGGUCACUGAUCAGGGCUCUAGGCCGCUAUCAUUGAAGGAUCGCCUGAAGACGCCUUACUACAACGCAGUGCUCAACGAGAUUCAGAGACAUGCUUCGAUUCUCAACGCGAGUUUUUGGAAAAUGAAUCAUGAAUACACAAACGUCGGUGGAUAUCCUCUGGAUGCUGGAACUGUAAUUACAGUGCAGCUCAGCGCCCUUCACACCAAUGACGAGCUCUUCAAGGAUCAUGAGAAGUUCAAUCCGGAUCGAUUCCUCGAGGAUGCCACACUCGGCAACAAGGUGAUCCCAUUCGGAAUCGGAAAGCGAUCAUGCCUUGGCGAAGGAAUGGCGAAAGCAGAGCUUUAUCUAAUAAUUGGCAACAUUUUCCUUCGCUACGACGUCCAACCGCAUGGAGAAUUCCCGACAAGCAUCGAUAUGGCGCCAUAUUCAUUCGCCAAAAUCUCGCCAAAAAUCAGCCUCGAAUUUCGCAAACUGUGUGCACAUUGA